GGCCAAUGUAGCAAGUAUGAGGUUGAUCAGCAAAUAACAAUAUUGGUUUAAAGUGUCAUUUUUUCGGCGAUAUCAGUAGAUUUGAUUCUUUCCAGGUAAGCUUAUCUUAACGGAUAUGUACGAGUCUGAACCAAUCGAAACAAUUUGUAUUAAUGAGAAUGACCAUUAUUAUGCAAAAUAGGUGACAUUUGUUAUGGACGUUUAUGAUUAGUGUUACUAGAAAGUGUCCAGUGUCAACUCUGCUCCUUAGCUGAUACAUCUAUCGACUGCUCGGGUUGUUUACAUCUUCGCCUGGCAUCCUGACGAACUGUGACCAUGUACGGCUUUGUAAACCAAGCUUUGCAAGAUUUAGUAUUGCGAGAGAGCAGCUUCGGAACUUGGGAAGAAAUACUGUAUGUAUAACAAAACAGAUUUUGUUUGUGUACUGCUUUUUGUGAUCAGCUUUACAGCGCGCAAGCGAUGAAUCUCGCGCGAAGGAAACAACUGCAUUGCUCGUGUAUCCAUAAAAGCGAGAACUUCGCUUAAGCGUGAUUGAUUACUGUUAAUCUUUAUCUCCUUAGGAAGAAAGCAAAUAUCGAUUUAGGAGAAACAGGAGAAUUCAAUCAACGGCGAAUAUAUGAUGAUCAAAAUACGUUUGACCUGCUAAGAGUCGCUUCUGAGGUUCUGGGUGAGUUUACAUUUGGUUCUUGUAUUGGCUCACUGUUAUGGUCACGGUUGGGUUUCUAUUAUUACCUGUCUCCGGAUCUGUGGUUGAAUAGAUGACCCUCGUUUUCUGAAGAAGCUAAAUAUCGGCAAAUGCCGGUCAACGCGUUAGAAAUUGCGGUAUUAUUUAUAUUUAUUUAUGCCUUUGUGGAAUGGUUUAGUUCUGAAUGUGACUGUGAAUUAAAAGCAAUUGCACGAAAUCAUAUCACUUGGCAGUGUUGUUUGCGGAUUUGGACAGAGAGUAUUUUAUAAGCCGAGAUGACCUCUUAAGACAAGUUUUAACGUUGUGAAAAAGAAAAUUGGAUCGGGAGAAAAUUCAUAUUUUUUGCAUACAUCUUGUUUUUGUUUCCUAAAGAGCUUGGGGGUUUGCAACUUUCUCAAUCACAACUACAAAUUACAUGCAUAUUCUAGAAGUGAUUCAUUUCGAUUUUGAGAAAGCUUUGUGAAAAAACUUUUUAAAAGAGCAGUUUCUAUUAGUAAUGCUAAAGCAGUAAGAAGCCAAAUGAAUUCUUCCGUGCGCUAAUCAAAAAUUGUUUUUUAACAAAGACUAAUGCGAUCAAGCAUUUAUGUACAUCAAGCUACUCAUCCAUGCUUGUAAAUAAUGCCGCGAGUUAGUAUGGUACGUUAAAAAGUAUAAUGGCGCAGAAAUUUCAGGGUAUUCUCUAGAGGAGGGAUUUGUCUUUCUGUCCCACAACUUAUGUGAUGACAAUUUUGACAAUUGCAGUAGAUCGAUUUUGACACGUCUUACAAUAGAUUAUUCAAAUUGACACCAGCAUUAACAACUACUUCAGAUGAAAAAUACCUUUUGCACAUAGCAUAAGACAAUCUGUUUUUUUUUUCCAACAGAUUAAUCUGUAAGGCCUUCUUUUAUUUGAUUUCGACUUUUGCAGCUGCCAAACAACACAUUGUUUUUGGAUUUAAGCAAAUUCUUUUUGUCUUCAGGAGCCUUUAGGGUUUCACCCCUUUCAGUGCCAAGAUCUCAUUCUCCAUUCUCCUUCUUGACUGCCAUAUAUUCUAUUAAUGUACUCUCUGAGAAUUUGGUUUUUAAAUCAAACAAUAUCCCUUGGAUGUUGUUAUAACUUAGUUUGCCCUCUUCCUCUCCCUUAAGAUUUUAAGCCUUUUCUUCCCUAAGCAGUGACCCAUACUAAAAUUUUAAUCUACAAACUUUGCUAUUUGAAUAUAAUUAAUUUGUCUUAUCAACUUUUAUUAGGGCUAUCGCACAAUUUGAUCUUGGAGAAGUUUGGGGAAAUAUUCUUCGAGUACUGCCAAAACUCUGGCUACGAGAAGAUGCUGGAUAGUCUUGGAAGCAACUUAAAGGACUUUUUCAACAGUCUAGAUGCACUGCACGAGCAUCUGCUGUAUAUUUUCCCUGGUAUACGAGCGCCUUCAUUUAAUGCCAAAGAUAGUCCGGAUGGCAGUGGGAUAGAAAUCUAUUACUAUUCUGAAAGGUCAGGCCUUGAGUAUAUGGUUGUUGGUGUUGUAAAAGCCGUGGCAAGAGAGGUCUACAACACAAAGGUGAACGUUGAGGUAGCUGUGUCUACAAACCAAGAGAAGACUUGGUCUAAGAUUGUUGUUACUCCUGAGAACUAUGAAGAUAUAAUGAAACUGAAACAACAUGAUGAGCAGAUUCAAAAGAUUGAACAGAAGUUGGAGCUAGUUACAUUGGGGUCUUGCAUCAGUAGUCAGACUUUCUGCCAAGCAUGUCCCUUUCAUAUUCUCUUUGACAAUGAAAUGGUUAUUUACCAAGCUGGAAUUUCAUUGCUGCGAGUUUUGCCUUCCAUUAAAGUUGGUGAAACUAAAGUGGAAGAAGUGUUUGAAUGUAUUCGUCCUCACAUUUCACUGACAUUUGAUAACAUUUUACAAUUUAUCAAUAAGGUAUAUGUUGUUAAAACAAAAGAAGGACUUUUAGACUCUGCUACCUUGACAACAGUUUCUGAAGAUGAUGUGGGUACCCUGGAUUUUCCUACGAUGAGAUUUCGUGGUCAAAUGAUGUACCUUCCUGAAUGUGACAGCAUCAUGUUCCUUUGUUCUCCAAGUGUUCUCAACCUGGAUGGUCUCAAUGAAAUUGGUAUGAUUCACUUUACAUAAACCCAUUAGUCUUUGAGCAGUUCCUCCUUUUCUGUGAGGUCCAUCACUUGAGUUGGUUACAUCAAUUUUUUUUUUAUAAUUUUGUUUUACUUGCACAACAGACUUUGUCAAAAGCAGGGAUUGCUCAUAGUCUAUAAACCCAUAACCCCCAUGGUCACAAUACAAAUUCUCUUUCAAAGUCUUUAUACUUUUAACAUAUAGUAUGUAAAGUUAUUUACUUAGGUUCAGGUUCAUUGAGGUUAAGGUCUGCUGUCUGCAAAAUGUGAAGGAGAAUCGUGUUAUCAUUCCUGUCAAGUAAUUUUAGUGGCAUCUGGCUCCACAACAGCCUGUGUGAAUCCAAAUAUUGAUACUUGUUUUUAUUUACGCUUAAGGUUUGUACCUCAGUGAUAUUCCAAUUCACGAUGCCACAAGAGAUCUCAUUCUACUCUCUGAACAGCACAAUGCAGAAUCACGUCUUUCUCAGCGACUUGAGAUACUGACUGACAAGCUUCAGCAGACCUCACGUGAGCUGCAGCAGGAGCAGCAGCUUACUGAUAGGCUCCUCUACAGCAUCUUACCGACAUCAGUUGCAAAUGACCUCAGACUGAAGCGACCAGUAAUGGCCAAAAAAUAUGAGAUUGUGACAAUUAUGUUCAGUGGUAUUGUGGAUUUUACAAAUUAUUGUAAUCAGAGCAGUGAACCAAUGGAAAUUGUGGAACUUUUGAAUGAGACCUAUAUCAGGUUUGAUGCUCUGGCAGACAAGAACAAUGAAGUUUUUAAGGUACAAUAUAAGAACAAAAACUUUCUGGGAAAACAGGCAUACAUUGCUAUUUUAGUAGAAUUGUCUCUACUGAAAAACCGAGCUAAUUCUGGCCAGAGACUUCCCUGCCCUAAGCGUAGGAGGUAGCCUGUUAGCAGGCAAGGGAGAAGCUGCUUUCAAGCCCCAGAGGUGGUCAUUGUAUUGUGUCCUUUUGCCAGACAUGUUGCCUAUUUCCAAUGAGGAAUAUGGAUAGGUAUGAAAGAGAUAUUUUGGAAACUCAUUGAGAGAUGGGGGGGGGGGAUAAUCUGAGAUGGAUCUGUGACCCAAUUGAGGAGGCAAAACAAUACUAUGACUUAUUUUAUUCCUGGAGAAGAAAAGAUACUAUUUGUUCUUGUAGCCACUGCAAAGGAGAGCCCCUGAUCUUAUGGUUAGCAGGCUCAACUCUGGGUUAAGAAUCCUGGGUUUGAGACCAGGCUGGGUCAUUGUGUUGUGUUCUUGAGCACGGCACUUUACUUUCAUAGUGCCUCCUCUACCCAGGAGUACAACCUGGUUCCCCCCAUGAUGUGAGGCGUAACCUUACCUUACCUUACCUUAUGCUCAUUUUACAGGUUGAGACAGUUGGAGACAAAUACAUGGCUGUGAGUGGGUUGCCAACAAGGUGCACAAAUCAUACUGCUAACAUUGCAAAUCUUGCUCUUGACAUGAUCGACAUUGUUCAGGAAGUGAAUGCACGUGGUAGAAAGAUGCAGGUAAUAGUAUGUCUUUAAAAGUCAGCAGAUGCAAUCAUGCUUACAUGGAAUUGGGGCUGUUCAAAGUGUGAUUAUUUUUAUUUUAGUUAAAGUGAUAACUUAUGUGUGAACUCCAAGAGAUGUGCUUUUCUCAUGUUAGAUCACAAUUGGAAUUCAUUCUGGGGAGGUUGUGGCUGGCGUUGUUGGACAGAAGAAGCCCCGCUACUGUCUAUUUGGAAACACUGUCAACCUGACAAGUCGCACAGAAACUACUGGACUGAGAGGAAAGAUAAAUGUGACAGAAUAUGCCUACAGGUCUGUCACUGAUUGGGAUUAAUGAGUUUGAGUUAUAGGUUUAUAGGUUAACCAACCCAUAUUUUGUCUCCUAAAGCCCCAUUCCCCCCUCCCAAACUUUGAGCACCUCCCUCAGAGAUACCACCCCCAAGGAAUUUGGCCUUUCAUUCCCCUUCCUCAGUCACCAGCCAUGUUUAUCGGAUCCCCCACAGUAAUACCACCCCUAAGGAUUUUGGCUUUUCCCUCUCCCCUCCUUGGUCAUCAUACCCCCUAGGGAUCCUACCCCAGAGAUUCUAUCUGCAGGGAGCUUGGCUGUUCCCUCCUCCCUAAUAAGUCACCAAUUGUCAAAGCCAAUAAUUGUAAUUAUUGGAUCCACCCUCAGGAAUACCACCCUAGGGAUUUUGCCUUUUCCCUCCCUCCUCCCUAGUUACCAACCAUAAUUAUUGAAUCCUUCUCCAAGGAUCCCAACCUAGGGAUACCACCCUCAGGGGUUUUGCCUUUUCUCUUUUCUCUUUUCCCUCCUCCCCCUCCUCCCUCCUUAGUCACCAGUAGUUAUUAUUGAAUCCACCAGGGAUGCUACACCAAGGAUUCCAUCUGCAGGGAUUUUGGCUUUUCCCUCCUUCCCAAGAGAUUCCAUCAGCAGGGAUUUUGGCCUUUCCCUUCCCCUUCCUCAGUCAUCAGCUAUUAUUAAUUUGAUAAUGAAUUUAAAUUUAGAUAGUAAUUUACAUGUUGUUGCAUGUUGUUGCAUGUUGAUCACAAAUCAAGGUAUUUAGAUUCUGGGAGUGAAGAGGUUAUUUAAUGACUACAAUUUGUCAUUUUCUUUCUCUUCAGAUCGCUGCUGUGCCAGCCACAUGAUCACUUUGUGUUCAAAAAGCGAGGACCUGUUACUAUGAAGGGAAAAGCAGAACCAAUGAUAACAUACAUCUUGCAGAGAAAGGAAAGCAGUGACAUGCUUAGGAGUGUGAUGUGCUCAGGGUUGUAGCUAAGAAAUGAGGCUGGUGGCUGAAAAUUCAAGUAAGGCAGCUCAAUGAUAGUGUUUGAUAUCGAACAAUUGUAUGUAUGUGUUGUACAUGCCUGUUGUGCUUCACCAAGUGACUACUGGCCAUUUUUUUGCAGGCAGCUGGUGCUUAGUGACAACCCUGAGUAUUAGUGUUGUAAAAUCAUGCAAGUAGAAAGAAAAUAUCCAGUUCCUUGCAUUUAUCCAUUAGAUAAUCAAAAGAAAAUCCUAAAGGCAAUGUAGACAACAGUAAGGAAGGUCCUAAAAGCAAUGUAGACUAGAGUAAGGAAGGUCAUUUUGUUCAGCUAUUUAGUUUUAUUUUUGUUUUGUUAUUUGUUUGUUUGUUUUUUUUAAUUGUGAGCACUAAACUUAGAAUUAGAAUAGCAAACAUUUUACAAAAAGAACAUUUCUGAAUGUGGAAGAUACGAUGAAAAAUAGUUCAGCUGGACUUUGGGCCAGAAUAUCUGGCUCCAAUCCCAGACCAGAUCUGUGUCAUGUUCUUGUGUAUGGUACUUUACUCUUGCAGUAUCCCUUUUCUUAGAGGUGUAAAUGGUUUCUAUGGAACUGUUAGGGAAAAGUAAUGAAAUGAAGGGGG